UGACAUUGUAAAUCUCAACGAAAUAGGAGUACUUUGAAUUCGUCUUUUUCACACUCAAGCUUCAAAUUCACUGACAGGAAUCACGAUCUUGUCCCUAAAAGAUGGUGUGCGAUAAAUGUCAGAAAAAACUCGGGAAAGUGAUUUGCCCUGAUCCGUGGAAAUCUGGAGCAAGAAACACGACAGAGGGUGGAGGAAGGAAAGUCAACGAAAACAAGCUUCUCACACAGAAAAAGAACAGAUUUAACCCAUAUACAACCUUCAAUAAAUGCAGAAUCUGUAAACAGACUGUCCAUCAGGCACAUUCACACUACUGUCAAAGCUGUGCAUACAAGAAAGGAAUUUGUGCCAUGUGUGGGAAACAAGUCUUGGACACAUCAAAUUAUAGACAGACUUCCGUUUAAGAAAAAACGACUAAUUUUUACUUUUAUUGCUAAAUACAUGCUAAGCUGCAAGGUUGAUAACUCAGUGCCAUACCUUUAUGUACAUAACUGAAAAACAACAGCCAUUGUAGUAACACCAGUAAGCAACUGUACAAAUGUUUAUUGUCAGCGUAUUUUCUGGCUUUAUUAACCCUUUACAUUCCAACGUUAGUAUUGGUAUUCUCCAUACUGUUCUCUUUACAUUUCAAAAGGUACUGAUUAGGAGAAUUUGUUAAAAAAUCAGGAACUUCUCAAA